CCCCCCUCCGGGGCGCUAUGGCCAUGGUGACCGGGGAAUGGGGCGACCCUAACGGAGGCGAGGCCAACGGCUUGGAGAAGGGCUACCCCCGGCACUCGGAGGACGACUCGGCCUCCCCCCAGGGGGGCACCAGCGACCAGGAGCCCCUCGACGACGACAAGCCGGGCAUCCAGGUCGACUGCGUGGUGUGCGGGGACAAAUCCAGCGGGAAGCACUACGGGGUCUUCACCUGCGAGGGCUGCAAGAGUUUCUUCAAGCGCAGCAUCCGCAGGAACCUCAGCUACACUUGCAGGUCGAACCGCGACUGCCAGAUCGACCAGCACCACCGCAAUCAAUGCCAGUAUUGCCGUCUGAAAAAGUGUUUCCGCGUCGGGAUGAGGAAAGAAGGUACUCUCCAGCUCUGGGCCGUCCAGAGGGGCCGGAUCCCUCCCACUCACUCCAGCGCCAGCCCCAACGCCCUGCCCAGCGGCGAAUACUACAACGGGCAGCCCGUCUCGGAGCUGAUUUCCCAGCUCCUCCGCGCCGAGCCCUACCCCACCGCGCGCUUCAGCUCCCAGUACGCCCAGCAAGGCAGCGUGAUGGGCAUCGAUAACAUCUGCGAGUUGGCGGCACGGCUCCUCUUCAGCACGGUGGAGUGGGCGCGAAACAUCCCCUUCUUCCCCGACCUGCCCGUCUCGGACCAGGUGGCGCUGCUGAGGCUCAGCUGGAGCGAGCUCUUCGUCCUCAACGCCGCACAGUCUGCUCUGCCGCUGCACAUGGCGCCCCUGCUGGCCGCCGCUGGUUUCCACGCGGCUCCCAUGUCGGCCGACCGCGUGGUCUCCUUCAUGGACCAGAUCCGCAUCUUCCAGGACCAGGUGGAGAAGCUCAACCGGCUGCAGGUGGACCUGGCGGAGUACAGCUGCCUCAAAGCCAUCGCCCUCUUCACCCCAGACGCCUGCGGCCUCUCGGACCCCGCACAUGUGGAGAGCCUGCAGGAGAAGGCGCAGGUGGCACUGACGGAGUACGUCCGCUCGCAGUACCCCUCGCAACCCCAGCGCUUCGGCAGACUCUUGCUGCGCCUCCCUGCGCUGCGGGCCGUCCCCGCCUCCCUCAUCUCGCAGCUCUUCUUCAUGAGACUGGUGGGCAAGACCCCCAUUGAGACCCUCAUCAGGGACAUGCUCCUCUCGGGAAGCACCUUCAACUGGCCCUACGGGACGGGGCAGUGAGGAGAUGACGAGCGCGCGGAGUUGCCGGGACCUGCCUUCCCGCCCCACAUCUGCCCUGUCCGUUUCCGCGGCCGCCGCACCGACAGCCUGGAUGUCCCCCGGCACCACCCGAUUCCCCCGGAUCGAGGCGGCGAACUCUGUGCAAUUAUUUUUCCGUUUCGGGGGGUGGGGUGGGGGGCCACCCUCCCUGCUGUGACUGCCUCUACCCCACCCCAGUGCCAAGAGAGGGGCAGGGCGGGCGUCCGUUGGGAAGGUCUCCUUUUCCGUUCCGGGCGCGGGAAGUGUAGCGUCCUUGGUUUCGUUUUCCUGGUUUCGUUUCGUUUAUCCACUCCGGCUUAAAGCAGACGGACGGUUCCUCUGGAGGGUUUGCUGGGGGGGUUCACCCCCCCCCAACUUCCUUGAUUCUUGGGCCUCAAGAGAGGGGGAAGCCUGACCCCUCUCCCAACCUCCCCUCUCACCCCCAUUUCUCUCGAUCCGCCUUCUGCCGCCUGAUGCCAUUCCCCAGAUGUUAUGGAACACCCCACCCCCCCCAGUCAGUGUGGCCAAGGGGUCUGGGGUGACGGGGAGCCCCAAAGCAGCCGUGAACCAUGACCGAGGUGGAUUGGGUCCCCAGUGCGAAUUUGCAAGCCAUUUUGCCUGGAAGUAAGCCAGAUUUUCGCUUACUUCGAAGCGGGGAGGUAUUUUGAGAGAGAAAACUUUUCGUUGCAAUGGGGCGAGGUGUGUGGGGGCGCGUUAGUUUGGGGUGCACCUAACGUGCAAACUUCCCAGAUGUCUGGGUGCAACGCUGCGUGGAACCAAGGCAAAUAGGAGAAUUUCCUUUCCUGCAAGCAGAGAGCGCCCCUGGGCACGUGGCAGAAGGCCGUGGGUCCAGCCUCAGGCAUGUUCAGCUUAAAGGACCUUUUGGGGGGUUCAGAAGACCCAGGCAGUUGCUCCCCCAGGUUACGUGGACUCCGUAUAAUUUCCUGUACUCCUAUUUGGAUCUGCCUGCAGUUCAGACUCAUGUGGACCAGAGUCUUGAUUCACUGCCACACUAGGACAAGAAUCUUGCAUUACUGUCCGGGUACUGCCAGCCUUCCAGGGUGGGGGCACAGCUCAGUGAUGGGGCACCCCCUCUGCACCCUGAAUAAUAAUAAUUUAUUACUUAUACCCCGCCCAUCUGGCCGGGCCUCCCCAGCCGCUCUGGGCGGCUUCCAACAGGAUAUUAAAAACAGAAUAAAACAUCAAACAUUAAAAACUUCCCUAACAAGGGCUGCCUUCUGAUGUCUUCUAAAAGUCACGUAGCUGUUGUUGACAUCUGACAUCCACAGAGCGGGUGCCACCACCAAGAAGGCCCUUUGCCUGGUUCCCUGUAACCUCACUUCUCUCAGUGAGGGAACU